UGAGGGGUUUGUGUGUCCGUGUGAAGGCUCUUCUGUCGACGUUGUAUGCCUCGCGGAUGCAGUACCGUAGAAGGGAGAAAAGUUGAGGCUUGAACCAGUCAGUCAUUCGAGUGGUUGGUUCGCUCGAUGUCCCGUUGUCAGGGUGAGAGGGAGGGGCGCAAGAAAAGAGCCAUCGCCGCCCUCAACACCCUCCCACCAGACGAGAGGAACCGAUUCAGGCAGGGAAAACAGGGAGGAAAACACGACGCCAUCAACUUACACAAGCUGAUCAGAUCUGCCCUUGUUUGUGUUUGUUCUCCUGCAUGUCUGUUGCUUCCUUCCCUUCUGCAGGGCGAGUUUCGAUGGCGGCAUGCCGGUGUUGGAGGCCAUUGACGCCAUAUCGUUGCCGCUGCCGUCCGAUGACAACAAGAGGCAACUGGAACAGACGAGGGAGAAGAAGCUCAAGUGGACCCUCAAAGCCGCAGGUGGGAUGGGUGUCCACUUCUUAAGAGUGUCCCCCACCACAUCCAUCCAUCCAUCCAUCCAUCCAUCCAAGCUCUCUGCGCUGCGCGUUUCCUAUGAUGUAGGUAAAUCGCUUCUGACAGAGAUCCUGACGGGCGAGCCGCAGCCUGUGGUGACGAAGGCCAUGAAGUACCGAAUUCGCAAGGCGGCCCGCAGGCGGGCCGGGGAUGGUGAUGCGGGUGACCGUGACCAUGACGAGUCGAUGGAGGCAUCAGAGGAGGGCAAUCCUGCUGCCGUCCUGCAGCAGCAAGAGAACCAGCAGCAGCAGCAGCAGCAGCAAGACGCCAGAGGGCUGAAGAGGGGCAGGGAGGAGGAGGUAGAUCGGGAUGAGGGUGGGUGGGGCAUGGCGGCCUCGUCGGGUCACGGUGAUGACGGCAAGAGGUGGAAACAGGAAGGACAAGGCCGACAGGACGGGAUUGUGUCAUGACCGUGGUGUGGGGAAAGCUUCUCUAGAGUGAGUGGUAGUGGUGUUAAAGAUGUAUGUGUGUGUGUGUGUGUGCCGCGGUUGGUCAUGUUGACGGGUUUAGGUGAUCGACGCACACACAGACACACACACAUAGGUACCUACAUGCAGGUGUGUAAAUACUAUGAACAACGGCUGAUAAAUGAAUGAAUG